CGGCGAUACUGAUAUGAACACAGAUACCACCUUUAUCCGUCAAGUUACUCGCACACUUGCACGAAGUCUCGAUGGCAUAGCAAUAUCAACCGCCAUAUUCUGUAAGUUUAACAAAACGAAAAAGCGUAAUACCGGUGACGAUUUUUAUAGAGGGAUUGUAUUGUUGGGUGAAUAUGGCUAA